AUGCCGCAUGGCCAAGGAAACGAAACCGGUUCUUCAGAACCCAACACUGUCCCCUACGGUUCCUGGGAAUCUUUUCCCGAGCAACCAUUUCCCAUGUACGCGGGAACAAAGUCGAUCAUCUACCGGUCCGCUGAUGGCAAGGUGGUCGUGGGAAUGUUGCGCGAAAAGGGAAAAGACACAUUGGUAUGGCCGGUGGAUGAAUUUCUUUUCGUCACCCAAGGAACAAUCCAUAUCGAAGUGCACGGCGGCGAGUCCUUUACACUUGGUAAGGGCGAUCUGAUGGUGAUGAAAAAGGGCCAGACAAUUACGUUUGACUGCAGCGAAGACUUUGCGAAUGUUGCUGUCUUCAUCGACCUGGAAGAUAAGGUCACGCUCGUAUAA